UAUUAUAGUUGGGCUGUAUAAAAGAUAUGUGUGUUAACUCAUUGUUUUCUACCAACGGUAACAUUCUAGGUAUACAUAAAAUAUAACAUGGACAUUAGGGACAGUUUCAAAUAUUUAUUCAAUGUAUUUGUAUUAUUUGAGGUCCAAAAACAAGUUAAUUGUAUGUUUUUAAAGCGGACUCCGUGUUGUGGUUACGAAUCAUUGCCCUUGUAUUCAGACCAGAAUUCAUUUUCAAUUAAUAACGCGUUUCAAUUGAAUAAAGCGCUCUUCUCGAGUCCAGACUCGGAUCCCGUAUCAUAUGUACAAAAUAGUUUUGGAGUAAUUACGCCUUCUGCAUUUUCAAAUACCCAAGAAAUAAAUCCGGAAUCUGUUAAAGCAUAUGAAUGCUCUUUAAUAUCAUGUCUUGAUGAGAUUGUCGAAACUGGUGUCUGUGCCUGCAAUUAUAAUACAGGCAAUGUGGUAACAUUUAAAAAUAACUGUGACGUGAAGAAACACAACUGCCGAUUCGAUACAGAAUUUAAUGUUAUCCUCAAUGACAUUUGCCCAUGGGAAUUUAAAUCAAGACGAUCCGACUCAGCCUUAGAAAUUGACUACAGCGAUCCGAAAUACUAUAAUAAAUAAAUACCUGAAGAAAUUUUGAUAUAACACAUGUAAAUAAAAAUGUUUAACAGGUUAAUAAAUAUGUUUUAUUGGUAAUACUUAUAAUUAUCAUUGAAAGAAAAUGGUAAAGACAAGAUACACUUCCGACAAAAAAU